AUGGAACUCAGAACUUCUAAGAGUCGCUCAAACCCUGGGUUAUCAUAUUCCAUAGAGGAAAUUCUGAAGAAACCUUCUCAUAAGAAUGUUUCCAACAAGCCUUUCUUAAGUUAUUCUUAUACAGAGGACUUAGAAACAACACACCUGAGAACAGCAGCUGAGCUGAAAACGGGGAAAGAAGAGGAAUAUAUGAAGGUUACUCAUGAUACUGUGAUGUUGCCUUUAGGUUCCCCUUUGGAGGUUCCAGAAGAAGAACCAGAAGUUCCAUCAGGAGCCGUCGCUUUCAGAGCCGGGAGCCCAACACAAACUCCCCACUACCUGAGAAUAAGGGACAAUGUUCCUGGGUCGGACUCCCAGACAGUGAAUGGUAGAGAUGAGUUUGAAGCUGAACACCAUGAAGGGGAGGAUGAGCUGAGCGACACCCCGCAGGAAAGCUCCACAUGUGACCGGAAGAACAAGAGAACAAGAAUCAGGACCACCUUCACCAUGGCACAGCUGCAGGAGCUGGAGCAGAUAUUCCAGGUUACCCACUACCCCGACGUACAGACACGGGACCAGCUGGCUGCAAAAAUCCAGGUCCCAGAGGUCCGAGUGCAGGUGGGUCCUGGUAAAUGUAAUUGCAAUUAAAAGCGGACUCUGCCGGUUCUGACUCCUGAAACAAUGUAGUAUGACCUUGCUGACUGCAGGAGACAUCACAACCAUAACCCCAGGCUGAUCCAUCUAGUAAACAUGAGUUGAUUGCAG